ACUAAUCUUACUCUCUUCUCUUCUUUUCAUUUUUCCACAUUUCGCAUUUUCUUUUACCCCACUUUUUCCAGACCUCUCUCUUUCUCCAUUAUUCGGACAAAAGCUAUCUUCUUUUUCUCUCUCUCUUUCUCUUUCUCUGUCUCACUCCGCCGCUUCAUUCCGUUGAUCAUGGAGAGCCUCCCGCUUGAGACGGCGGAGAAGAUCAUUCUGCGAUGGGACUCCACGGCGUCGGAAGAUGCCCGGGACAAGAUGAUAUUCUCCGGCGACCGGGACGAGGCGGAUCUCUACCUGCAGGCGGUGGAUGAAAUCCAGAGGUCCCUCUCCUCCGUUUCCGUUUCGGAGAAAGUCAACUCGGCCAUCCAGAUCGCCAUGGCCCGCUUAGAAGACGAGUUCCGCAACAUCCUCAUCUCCCACACCAACUCCUUCGACCCCACCACAGAAGACGAAGCCUCGCAAACCCUUGACCCUCCUUCUUCUUCGUCUUCUCCCAAACACCCUGACAACGACGAAAGCGAUGAAGUUAGCCAGACUUCUCUCCUCCGUUUCAACAGUGACGGCGCUGCUUCCUCCGUCACGGGAAGCUACCGCUCCACCAGCAGCAUCCGCGAGAUCGAUCUCAUCCCCUCCGACGCCGUCUACGACCUCCGUUGCAUCGCCGAACGCAUGGUCUCCUCCGGCUACUUGCGCGAGUGCAUCCAGGUGUACGGCAGCGUCAGGAAAUCCUCCGUCGACGCCAGCUUCCGCAAGCUCGGUAUCGAGAAGCUCAGCAUCGGCGACGUGCAGCGCCUCCAGUGGGAGCAGCUUGAGAACAAAAUCAGACGCUGGAUACGAGCCGCGAAGGUCUGCGUCAGGACGCUCUUUGCCAGUGAAAAGAAGCUCUGCGAGCAAAUCUUCGAUGGAGUUGGAACCUCCAUCGAUGACGCUUGCUUCAUGGAGACUGUGAAGGGCCCUGCGAUUCAGCUCUUCAACUUCGCCGAGGCCAUUAGUAUUAGCCGAAGGUCGCCGGAGAAGUUGUUCAAGAUUCUUGAUUUGCACGAUGCGUUGACGGAAUUGAUGCCGGAUAUUGAUGUUGUGUUUGACUCCAAGUCCUCCGAGACUAUUAGGGUUCAGGCAGCGGAGAUUUUGUCGAGGUUGGGGGAGGCUGCUAGGGGGAUUUUGUCGGAGUUUGAGAACGCUGUGCUUAAGGAACCCUCUAGGGUUCCUGUUCCUGGCGGGACGAUUCAUCCUCUGACUCGGUAUGUGAUGAAUUACAUAAGUUUGAUCUCUGAUUACAAGGUUACUUUGAAUGAGCUUAUAGUGUCAAAGCCCUCCACGGGGUCCAGGUAUUCGGGUGAUCCUGGGAUACCCGAUUUGGAUUUGAGUGAGUUUGAGGAGAAGACCCCUUUGGAUGUGCAUUUGAUUUGGAUUAUUGUGAUUUUACAAUUCAACUUGGAUGGGAAGAGUAAGCACUACAAGGACGCUUCUUUGGCUCAUUUGUUUGUGAUGAACAAUGUGCACUACAUUGUGCAGAAGGUGAGGGGGAGUCCAGAGUUGAGGGAGAUGAUCGGGGAUGAUUAUUUGAAGAAACUCACCGGAAAGUUCCGGCAGGCAGCUACGAGCUACCAGAGGGCAACGUGGGUGAGGGUGCUGUAUUGUUUGAGGGAUGAGGGGUUGCAUGUGAGUGGGGGGUUUUCUUCUGGGGUGUCCAAGAGUGCUCUCAGGGAGAGGUUUAAGGCUUUUAAUGCCAUGUUUGAGGAGGUUCACAGGACUCAGGCAGUUUGGUUGAUACCGGAUUCGCAACUAAGGGAGGAGCUGAGGAUAUCGAUAUCGGAGAAGCUGAUUCCGGCGUAUAGGUCGUUUCUUGGGAGGUUCAGGGGACACAUAGAGAGUGGGAGGCAUCCGGAGAAUUACAUCAAGUACUCUGUUGAGGACCUAGAGGAUGCCGUUUUGGACUUUUUUGAAGGGGUUACUGUUUCCCAGCACUUGAGGAGGAGAUCUGAAUGAUGGAAUGGACUAGUGGAGUGCAGUGAAGUGAAGAAGUGAAAUGGAGUUUUGCAACUUAGAAGCUAGGACAUAUUCUUUUAAUUUUUUCCCUGGAGCGUUCAGGUAAUUGAGUGCUGGCCAAUCUGAGGUUGCUCAAGCUCUCGGGUGGGUGCUCCAACAAGAUUUACUACCAUGAUCCACGAUUAUCGGAAAGAAAGAUUAAGAUUCCCUAAUCUUGUGUUGAAGCCUGAUGUGGCUUGUGACAAGCCAAGUAGCUACCUCACCCUGAAUGCUGCUGCCUGUAAGCACGUUAUUUGAUUUCUCACCACAUUCUAGAUUUUGUUUCAUUUGUUUAUAUUGGAAUUUGUUGUACGUGUGCUUUUUUUUUUUUUAUUUAUUUUCUCUAAGGUCGAAAGAGGGCGGUUUCUUUUGUAGCUUCAAAUGACUUCUAUACAAUGUGAUAAUUUUGCACUAUA